UAGGUAUCUUUGUCUGUACCACGUCGUCCUCCAAGCCAAAACAUCGAACACGCUACGAACUCGUACAAGUCCAACCCCGCUGAAACCCCUGGUCCGCUUCGCCUCAGAAGUUGCCGCCGCACCCAGAGCCUCCGAGAGCGAAUCAGACAGCGCCGACGUGUGGCACUGGGCGACUGCUCGAACAAGGCAAUUCUGGCAGAGAGAAACGCCGUCAGCACUCGACUCUACAACCGCCGCGCUGUACACAUUAGCGCGCGACUGUUCCAUUGCAGUGGCAGUCCGUCGCCCAGAAUAAACCGGCACUUUUCAGGGCCGUCGGGUCGGUCAAACGACGUACAUAUUAAUUCAAACAGCGUCCCGUCGUCGAAAAGGAAACAUCACCACCGCGCUCCAAAGCACCAACCAACACCAACACCGCAAGCGUUGACGCCUGCCUUUCCUUUUCAGUCGCAUCAACAGCCGGGUAUCCACAACGACAACCUAUAGACAAGUCGCCUGCAGGAUCAGGAUUUCCACUCAUAAUAACUCAUACACUACACCGGUUACCGUGUCUUUGACGAUUCGCUAUCUAUCGAAGCCAAUUCAGUAGUGCUGGUCACUUUUACAGCCGACGUCCAAACACUCCACCCAUUGCCGGGACCAAGCUGCUGAACAUCAGUUCAUUCCGAACAUCACAAAGUCAAGCUGCCUCCCCCAGGCCCACCGCCGACACCGACCCCAAACCCAACCCAAAACUCAACAUCAAACUCUGCAAAAAAAGAGAGUCGUGUUUAGGGAUCUCCAGUGCCCAAGUUCGCCCCCGGCCACUGCCAACCCACUCCCGUAACCCAUCGUGACUUGUGCAGCAUUCCAGCCAGGCCCGUUCACGCCUGGAACCACGCUGAUCUCACCCCCCCUCUCGGCCCAUCCUUGACACCCGACCCUACACGCCCCCACUGCGACUGCGUCCGGUUCAGUGGGCCACCCACCACGACCUUGCUCUCACGGUUGAGAAUCACGGCACCACACCAACCAGCCCAGCUCACGCAACCCCCUUGCCGGUAGUGUACCGCACGCCCUGUCCACCUGGGCUCCCGUCACCUCCUGGGAACGCCUGCUCAGCCUCGUGUAGUGUACUUUGCUUUCUCGUUUUUGCACGUCACCCCCCGGGCCCCUUCUGACGAACAGCCACCGAGACACGCAACAAAAAGUGGAAAAGCCCAAGGUCUAGAAAGCCCACUCAGAAGCCUCCAGCAGUGACCCAUCGCUACCCGACCCUACUACCACACUACAUAUUUACUAAGCUCAUUACCCCAACUUUUUCUCCCUUUUUCAUACAUAGUGCCUCAUCCCGCCCGCAUAAGCUUCGCCGCACGUCAACCUUCUUCACCUUGGUCCCACACCCUUUUCCCAUUUCUUGUUAUAUCAUCACCAGGGUGACCGUCCUCGCCAACAUUCCCUACCCCCACAACUCCUCUUGUUGACAUUUCGUCAUCAGCGUUUUUUUUUUCAUCCUUCUCAACCCACAUCAACAAUACAAUCUCACUCACAAUGGGUCUACCAUCAUCAACGAGCAUGAGCCUCAACGAGCUCAAUGCAAAGGCUCUCGACAACUUUGUCUACAGCAAGGUCGACAGGGACAUGAUCAGGUUUUUGGCUACCGCCGCCAGCGAGGUUAUCCAAUGCGAUCCCACCAUGAUGCCAUCACCAACAGUCGCGGCCACUUCUGGAAGGGAACAGCAACCCACGGCGCCACCCAAGGUUGUCAAAUGUGAAGAUGGCGGACUACCUACCCUCGAGGCCUUCAUCAGCCAGCUUGUCGUCAGCUCCAACGUCCAGGUUCCCACUCUCAUGUCGAGUCUGGUCUACCUCAGACGUCUAAAGUCCCGCCUUCAACCCAAUGCCAAGGGCCUCCGCUGCACCACCCAUCGCAUCUUCCUCGCUGCCCUCAUCUUGGCCGCCAAGUAUCUCAACGACAGCAGUCCCAAGAACAAGCACUGGGCCAGCUACACCAACAUGUCGAGCUCCGCCUACAACUUUGGCUUCAGCCGCACCGAGGUCAACCUGAUGGAGAAGCAGCUUCUCUGCCUGUUGGAUUGGGAACUGCGCAUCACCGAGGAGGAUCUCUACCGCGAGCUGGACUACUUCCUGGCCCCCAUCCGCCGUGAUUACGAGGUCCGUUAUGCCCGUCGCAUGCGCGAGAAGGCCGAGAAGCGCCAGCGCCAGUUGGAGGAGGAGGCCUGGGUCCAGGUUGCCGCUGCCGCCGCCGCCGCCCAGCACAUCCAGCAGCAGCAGCAACAACAGCAACAGCCUACUUACAUCUCUCCUCCCUCAUCCCGCGGCAGCUCCCGCUCGCGCAACGGUUACGCCUCUCGCGACACCUCGCCACCCGGUCUUUCCAGCUCCGCAUCUUCGUACACCAGCUCCACCAGCCGCUCGACAACCCCCGACAGCGAACUGGAUCUUCCUCACUCUUACGUUGCCAUCAACGGCGACGACUACUACCAGUCUGCUGCUAUCCCGCCUUGCGUACCGGAGAAGGAUGCCGCGGCCGUGUACUUCAGCAACACGCGCGGCGCUGCCGUCUCCGCCGCCGGUACCAAGCGGGGUGUUCUCCCCUACGAGAUUACGGCUGAGGACCUCGAUGAUUCCAGCAGGGUGAAGCGCAUGCGCGGCAUGCUUGGGCGUGUGUUUGGCGCUAACGCUGACCGGAACGUUAUUCCGGUCCGGUAAUUUCCUGACCUGUUUGAUUAACCAAGGUCAAGUUUUGCUUUUUAUGUUUUUCUACUUGUCUCAUCAUCAUCACCACUCCUCAUUACUCCAUGCAUUGCAUCCAAAUGCAUUGAUUGCAUUCAUAACGGCGUUUUAUCACUUUUUGGGAAAGGGUGGCAAUUGUUUGUCUUAGAGACCUGUCUUUUUUUUUACACACCAAAAAGCGAGGUGUUCAUUGGCUGGCGAAGUUCUACAUCAGCAUCAUUGUCAUCAUCAUCAUCAUCGUCGUCGUCGCAGCAUUUUCAUACAGGGGUGGGCUGGUGAUUGUAUCGUCUGUUUCUGUCUUUUUUUUGCUUUUUGAUCGUUGGGCAUAUACUACUGUCAUCUGUCAUGUCUCCUACUAAUGACGGGAACGAAUGGGCUUUUUGGGUGGGAGUACGAGAGCAUUACCGGAAUAUGGAUGGAUGGGUUAUAUGAUGGGAAUAUCGUAUGAUGAUGGACGAUGAAGGAAAGGACGGGUCUUCCAGCAUCAAGAAACUGCCGGAAUCUUUUUUACUACAUACAAAACCAAACAAAGAAAUGGAAUGUCAUUCACAACAUGCUCCCCAAAAGAAGGGGCAGCAUGGUGAUGAUUCAAACAAUCUUUCUGCCUUUCUCCG